AUGAGCUUUACCAAGAGAUUGCUCUCGAGCGACCGGGGGAGCCGAAGGAGCAGGGGCGCGGAGGCCCCUUACUGUGCCGAUGGCAGCGGCGCAGCAUCGUGCUAGGCUUUAAGCGCGAGUACGUGCUAGUAAACCAGGAGGAUGGGAGUUUACAGACGAUUUUUCAGCUCGACGGUGUGCCGCGAGUUCUACUGCUUCCAGAAGAGGAGGUUUUGCUGCUCCAUCAAGACCGCGUUGGGCUGUUCUUUGACCUGCGCAGCGGACAGCCUUCCACGAAGGGAACAGUCGAGUUCCGCUCCCCGGUGCGCCACCUUGGCACAAACAAAGGCGGACAUUACAUUCUCGGUUGGACAGAGCGGGAAAUCGAGGCCUUCUCGCUGCGCGACCAGGAACGCAAACAGACCUUGCCCGUUGCUGAUUUCGUCGGAGGUACAACUAGGAACGCCUCGAUCACGAGUGUGUCUGAUAGCAAUAAGCGCGUCUUUCUAGCAGCAGCGGGGAGUCAGGCCAUCUACUCACUCACCGAGCUUCCUUUGCGAGACCAGUUGGGCAUGCUGUUGCAGGCUGGAAAGCGCGACGAUGCGCUUGCGGUACUCACUUCUCACCUCGCCGGUGAGGAGGUGGAUCCAGCGCAGCGGCAUAAGGAGAUCUUGAACUUCAACGAGAAGGCGGGUUGGAUCGCGUGGAAGCAGUCUCGCUUUCGAGACGCCUUUGAGUCCUGCUUUCGCGUAUCUGCGGUUGCUCCUUCCCACAUCCUGCUCUUCUUUGCGCGCCGUUUUCUGAGCACAGCGGAGGUUCGAGAAAUGACGGCAGAAGCGGCGCAGGUCGCACAACAAGCGCCCCACCUGAACUCUGGCGGGGAGUCGUUUAAUUCACCCCCACGAGCAGGAGGAGGCGGGGGAAGUAUGGCAGGACCUGCAAUGGUCGUUGCGACGGAGAGUCCUUUUUUCGUGCGCGAAGAGGAGCGAGACCAGAUGGCUGACAUCGUCGAACGACUUUUGCGGACGAUCCAAAGUGAAGAAGCUCGCUUGGACGAUGUAGCCGAACACUGCGCUGCCCAAUUUCUAGUUGACCUGCGUGAUUGCAGUACGCCGGAAUCACCUUGGCAGCAACAAACGGCCAGCAGAAAGAAGCGUGGGGACCGUAUUAUUUUGCAACUGCUAGUUACACUCGGUGACCGGCAUGCAGAGAGCAAGAAAGCCGCUGCCGCACUCCUCAAUCGCAAAGACUUUUCUUGCAGUGCGAGCGACUUCGACGGUAGCUUUUUGCAGUCAAGGCGCGAUGUGAAGGCACUUCUGCUUAAACGGGAAGACAAGUUAGAGGAAGCGCUCGCGAUUUACGCAGAAUUAGUCAUUGCACAGCGCCAGCAGGCAGCAACACAGUGCGGGCAGAUGACUGCCGCAGCCGCACAGCAGAAAGCAACGUGCGGACGCUCGGGCAGCUUAGCUUCCGAAGGACCGACGCUGGAACAGGAGCAAGUCGCAGAUAUCUUGAGCCGACUAAUUGUCGCUAGCACGAAAGCCUCAGGAGCCGCGCCCUCGACAGCCACACCUCUCGUCCUUGGCGGAUUUGCCAAGCCGCGGCUGCUGCAGCUGCGAGAAACAGUCUUGCAGCACAUACCUCUGCUACCGCUGGUUACUGUGGUGAACCUCUUCACCAAAAGUGCGGUUUCAUCUGGCCCUGACAAUGAUGCUGGGGUGCGCGGCGACGCGCUGAGUUAUCAGAGUUUGGUACCGCCAUCUGACGUCUUCAAUUACUUGCUUUGCGGAACCUUCACAGCAAGCGACGACUUGCACGGUGCACCAGUAGAUCUCGUUGAAGACCUCAUAGUGAAAUCUGCAGACCACGUCGGUGUAGCAGGUCUUAGUAGUCAGGCGCAACAGCGUUCUUCGGAAGUCGGCUACUGCGACCGUGUGUGUCAGAUACGGAGGUAUCUCGAGCACCUAUUAUUGGUGGACUCGUUUCCGGACCGUGAUUUAGCGACCGCGCUCGCUGUAGUUUACGUUCAUGCAUGCGUGAACACCGCACUACUCGGUGACGAGCAGCAGCCUUCUUCACAUCCCGCUCCUUCUUCGUCACCUUCGGACUCGCUCUUUGGCCGUACCGCGUCCGCGAGUGAUCCUUCCUCAAGUUCUACGUCUGCCGCAAGGAGUAAGUUGGCGGAGUUCUUGGAGCAUUUUCAGGGCGGCCGCGAUCUCGACAUUGACCGCGUGCUCGGUACGUUGUCACGAGUGAAUACGCGAGGAACGAGUUUUGACUGGGAACGGUGUCUGCUUUACAGAAAGCAGGCAAGACACGCGGAGGCGUUAGAUAUUUUGUGUCGCGGUCGCCUAGGCGGCUUGCACUUAGCUGAGCUUUAUUGUCUCGGAUCUCUAGGCAGUGCGCACCACGAUUUGCCUAGAACAGGAGGAGCAUCGACUGCAAAUGUCGUGGACGGUAGUCUGUUAGGCGGUGGUGAUCGUAAAAAUCUAGCGAAGGCGAACUCUGGAGGAGGUUUGUCUUCGUCAAGCAGGGAGGAUCAUCGACAGCUCGUUCUUCACCCAAACUCAAAUGUGCGCUUUGCUUUUGAGGAGGAGUUGGAGCGGGAGUUCACGCAAGCGCAGCAGAAGGAGCUUGCGGCUGAAAUGCGGAAGCAGCGGAGUCACACGGGUGGCGAGGACCGGACCAUGUUGCAGUCCAAUCUGAAUACCACAUCAAAUGCUGCAGCCUCAGGAGCUUUCCCACCGGAGUCUGUUUUUCAAGUGUGUUAUGAAGUUCUCGUGUCCUCGUGUGAAGACACUAGUACCCCUUUUAGCAGUGGUGGUAUUGCGAGUUUGACGACACAGAGCAGUAGUACUAGCACUUCUUCCUCUAUCUGUUCUUUGCGGCAGAUCCUGAGGUUCGCUACUCGGUACUGUCACCACCUGGACGGCUCUCGUGUGGUCGAUCUGUUACCGGACAGGCUGCCGACGCACUUGCUAGACGAGUUUCUGCGGACCAAGUUUCUGGCUGCGAUCCACGCACAGCGUCAACAGAAGGUGGAGGAGAGUCUUAGUGCGGCAGCCUACCUGCGCACGUACAAGGAGUGGCACCAGGUGCGAUCGCUCUGCGUGCACCUGACGAACGAGCGCUGCUGUCCGAUCUGCCAUAAGCGAAUAACGACCGAUCGCGCUUUUGCGGUGGACUACAAGGAUCUAAGAGUCACGCACGUUCACUGUUUGCAGGCGACACGGUGAUCACUUCGUAGCAUAGAAGGUCAAGGUUGUAAACACACACACUCAACAGAACAUGCAACGUAGUUGUACGAGUGCCAGCAGUACUCAACAAGUUCCAAUGAUAUUAUUACUCACAAUUUAUUGAUCUUCUCUCUCCCCUGAACCUCUGAACAUGUUCAUGAUUAUUCACAGGCCCAUUCCUUGGUGCUCGUAUUUCGUUUCUCCAACAAGGAGGACCAAGAAUUCGUGUGUUGCGUUACGAAAACAUAGUUUGCUCCUGAUGUCAACACAAGCGCGAAAGGCAGAGAAGACAAACGGUG